AUGUUGUUGCGCCGCCAGCUAGGCUUCUGCUUUACGGCCUCGUUCUUUGCGAAGGUCAGAACAAACCUGACGAGAAUCGAGCAAUAUUCCGGGAAGAUACCAGAGCAACAGCGCUCCGUGCUUAUCCACGAGGAUUGCUGGCAGCCUCCAUAUCGCCUCGUCCUCACCAUAUGUCCCGCCGUGCAUCAAAAGCUCGUUGUCCGGCUUCUCCUUCAAGGUGUCCUUGAGGGCCUUCAGUCUUUCGCAGUAACGUAUGGCAUCGAUCGCUUCCGCCGUCUCUGCAGAAACACAUUCAUUACGGCCUCUGCGAUCAUUCUCCCUGCAAAGCCGCACUGCGCGGCCAGCGAUGCAGAGAGGAAAGCCGGCUGGUCUCCGGGAAUUUCAUCAGGCAUAGGCGGGGCUGGUUUGCCCCGCUCUUCCAAAAUCGCUCGAAUCGCACGCAUCGCCGCAGCACGAACAACCCCAGCUGCCACAUUCACCAGUGUGGGCGCUGCAAGGAUGCAGAUCAGUGGAGAUCGCCACCCAAGCGACGUACUUUACCUGAUAACAGGACCAUCGUCGCAGGACACCUCCAAUGAGUCGAGGGAGGCAUUGCAUGGUAUUUCUAAAUCUGGCACGCUCGUGACUGCACCGAAUCCAGUCAACAAGAUCCCAUCGAGUGACGUUGCCCCAGGAUCUCAGAUCGCCCCACAAUUGCCCGGAGAAGCCGUCGGGCUAAGUGAAACACCCGAAGCGCAACACGCAGUCGCGCCGGGAUAUCGGCCAGCCGAUGUUGCGCCGCAACCAUCAAGGGAUAUAUUUGAUGGCGGCCCCGGUGAUGGCGGCCGACACCCGAAACUGAGCAAAUAUUCUGCUGCUCCCUGCCUCGCUGAGCUCGUCAUGAAGAAGCCCAACAUCGACCUCCAUGACGCGCAGAUCGGCGUCCUCGAGGGGUUUACAAACGCCUUUCGACUGGCGAAAGAGGCGGAGAAGGACGGCGUGCUCAAAGAGGCCGUAGCCGAGCUGGGCAAAAUGGACCUCGGAGCGAUGACGAAUCUUUCUCUGAACGACAGGGCGGAGGUGGUCAGGAAAUGGUUGGCGAAGAACUCCCAGGAAAAGGCCAGGAGGAAGAAGAAGCCGGCAGCAAAGGGGAGUACGCGCGGGUGUGAUAUGUUUUUGAACGAGACAAAGGAAGACGUCCACAGCCGCGCGUACCAAGAGGGCACCAGCGAUCCUCUAAAGAAAUUCAGGGUGGCGCGUUGGGAUGUCUGGCACGAGUUGACGAGCGAGGAAAAGAAGGAGUACGGAGAGCGGGCGAAGAAGCUGCGGGAGUUGGUUCACAAGGAGGGGGCGCCCAUUGAGCCUCCAAUCAAGCCGGCAGAUUCGAUCGGGAAAGCCGUCAGGACGAAGCUGGUGCCGUUUGCGCGUAAGCUCCUCAUUGAGGACGGGGUGUGGAUGAACGUCAUGUGGGGAGCAUUCAGCAGCGAUAAGGGCCCGGUGAUUGGAAUGGAGGAUCACAACAAGGCGAACGGCGCACCCAUGAACUUCACCGAGAUAUGGGACAGACCGGACUGGGAGAGAGAACGUCUAUGGACGGAUUGGGACAACUUCGUAACAUCCAUGCAUCAGGAGGACAAGCCGGCAGUAGUCGCCGCAGGGCCGAGCGGCAAGGCCGUCAAGGCCCAAAGAAAGUCUGCCUUUGGUACGAUGCUCGUCCUCGACGAUGCAACGGGUCUGCCUUCGCUUCCGAGCGCCUCAACACUUGACGAAAGCAGGCACAAGACUGCGCAAUGGUGGCAGCACACCGUCCGAGAGUUCCUCACGUUUCAUUACGCCGCGGCCUCCAACGGCAAAAAAAUGGCACUGCCUUACGCUAAGCUGAAAGGCAAAGGCGCACCGCGGUGUCUUGAUCCCCAGUUCUGGCUAGAAGACGUAGACUUCGAGGAUCCAUCGAAAAUCAAGAAGGCGAACUGCAUUCGCCUCCUCGUCUUCUGGAGCGACCUUCUGAAUGGCGAGGAGGGCGUACGAUCCUUCAAGUUCGAGAGCUACCUGGAAGACGUCGACGGCGAAGUCGAGGUGAUGUCUGAAGAGUAUGAGGAGUAUAUCGCCCGCUGGGUGGAGGAUGCGCCGAGGCGAGAGGCAGUGCGAGCCAGGGAGGCCAGGCUGGGGGAUGAGGCUGACGAGGGGGCGUCUGAAAGCUCAGUGGAGGCAAUGCAGGAAAAGCAGAGAAAAGCCAAGAAAGGCAGUCGCACUGCAUCAUCGUCCAAGCCGAAGACGUUGAAGCCGCGAAAUACGAAGAAGCCGAAGCUAUCGAAGAAGGCGAAGGGAAAGCGAAAGGCGACUCACAGUGAGGUUGAAGAGUCUGAAUCUGACAGUGACACCGACGGGUGGACCUCCGAGGUCGGCGAAGACGGCCCUUCGCACGAAUCCGACAGUCCAGCAGUGUCACAGCCGAGCUCGGCUGCGCAGAGUGAGGCGCCCUCAACGCCGGACACGUUGAUCGAGGAGUCGUGGCACCUCAGAGACGUCGCAGUCGAAAGCGCGGAGCAGUAUAGAGGCAAAGCACCAAAGGACGUCCGUGGAGAACAGAAGCGCUUCAUAUAUCUAGCGACCCUCAGUCAGGACGGGCGAUAUCAGGCCGCGGUUGAGAGCUGCUUCGAAGUCGUCAACAGCUUUGGCCGCCAGAAGCCCCGAGCGCCCUCCCUCCGCCCAGCGCCGCUUGACGGUGCUCCAUGGGCCUCUUGGGACUGGCAGCAGGCCACCAUGCCUGAGGACGUUCAUCUUCGGCGAGACGGCCUGGAGCCCCUGCUUCAGGAGCUCGAAAAGAAGCCGUGGAUGUGCGGAAACGUCGCUUGUCUCAAAAAGGCCGAGCAGGUACUCCUCUCCGUCGGGAUUGCACUUCGCGAUAUAAAUGCCUUUCAAUUCAGGCACGACCCUGACGAGCCCGCUCCGGUCCAUAUCCCCCCCUUCGUCGAACACAGUGAACUUGACUUCAGGGAUGGCGAGAAGCUGCUGACUCUCAUCCAGCCCAUUUCCACUGUGCCAAUCAUUGACGGCAUCCCAGGCUCCACGGACUUUCAGCGAAAGGCGGAGGAUGCCGCAAUGAGGCUUGAACACCUUCGUCAGCAGACGGCCUUCCAAGAAGCGAGGUCGCCUUCUCCGCCUCUACUGGCCCAAUCCCCCCCACAGGCAGACAUCCCGCCAAAACAAUGGACGGCAGAAGCACUUCAUGCGUCUCUUCUGGCACUCGGUGGUGUGGGAGAAUUCGUUCCACUUCAUGCGCCCGUGCUCGCUCGGCCUCAGUCUCAAACGUCUGCCGAACAGGGGCCAACCAAUGCAACUGGGGCAGCUGCGACGGUCAGUGCUUCAACUGCCGUCAUGAUGGAAGCGACGAAGGCCGGGGGUGCUCAUGUAAAGGACGGUGCUGCUGACGAGGCUCCCGCUGAGGAAUCACUGCGUUCCGCGCCAGACAUGGACGAGCGCUCAAUUGUUUUGGAAGAGACCGAGGCGGCAGCAUCUGGCCUGUCCAAUGGUCCGCCAGAAGUGGCCGCAGCCGAGCCCAUCGCCCAGCCUCACUCUCCAACCCCCACGGUCUCUGAGAUGGCGCCUUUGGGGGCGCGGGUGGAGAGCGCCUCUCCUCCGGAGUCAACAAAAGACCUCGGUCGAAAGCCUCCGUCGCGGAAGCGCAACAAGCCGGACAUUGACAAUCCCGCAUCCUCGAGCAAGCCCCCGUCUAAACGGCGAAGGACGAGUCCAGUCGAGGCCCCCACGGACGGUGGCAGGCAAUCCAGCCGGUUGAAGGCCGGGGGCCCGCAGCUUCGGGAGAAGCAGAGGGCGAAGACGCUUGAAGCGGCGGGUCGUGCAUGA